CAAUGGGAAGCCCUGGGAGGCGGAGCUAGGGCGCCAGAAGCUAGAGGAAGACCUGCAAAUUUCAAGUUGGCUGCGACGUGGGCUCCGCGUGGGGGAGGGGCAGCAGGUUUUUCUCACUGGAUCUCUGAAUACCCAGGCCCCCUCCACCAUGGCCAGUCGGGGUGGGGGCCGGGGUCGUGGCCGGGGCCAGCUGACCUUCAACAUGGAGGCUGUGGGCAUUGGCAAGGGGGAUGCUCUUCCCCCACCCACCCUGCAGCCUUCUCCACUCUUCCCUCCCUUGGAGUUCCGCCCAGUGCCUCUGCCCUCAGGAGAGGAAGGGGAAUAUGUUCUGGCACUGAAGCAGGAGCUACGAGGGGCCAUGAGGCAGCUCCCCUACUUCAUCCGGCCAGCUGUCCCCAAGAGAGAUGUGGAGCGUUACUCAGACAAAUAUCAGAUGUCAGGGCCGAUUGACAAUGCCAUCGAUUGGAACCCUGAUUGGCGACGUUUACCCCGUGAGUUAAAGAUCCGAGUGCGGAAGCUACAAAAGGAAAGGACCCCCAUCCUAAUCCCCAAGAGGCCCCCCAAGAACACAGAAGAUAAGGAAGAAACAAUACAGAAACUGGAGACCCUGGAGAAGAAGGAGGAGGAAGUGACUUCAGAGGAAGAUGAAGAGAAAGAAGAAGAAGAAGAGAAGGAAGAGGAAGAAGAAGAGGAGUACGACGAAGAAGAACAUGAAGAGGAAACUGAUUACAUCAUGUCAUAUUUUGACAAUGGAGAGGACUUUGGGGGUGACAGUGAUGACAAUAUGGAUGAGGCUAUAUACUGAAGAAGGACCCUGAACAAUAUCUCAGACCUUCACAUCGUUCUCGAUUGAAGAUACAGAAGUAACUGUCGCUAUUACUUGGUUUUGUGGACAAGCGAAUCAUUUGCUUAGAGUCCAGAUAAACUGGCCCUGAAGAUAGGAAUGGAGAAUGAUGACAGAUAGUUCUCUUUUCCACCCUUCCCCUCCUUCUACCCUUGUGUCACCUCUGAUAGCUUGGGGGGAAAGGGCAAAGGACCAAUGUCUUAAUUGUACGAAAGAAGGAAGGGUCAGAGAAGAACUGGGCUUUUAGAGCUGAGACAGCUGUACACAUGCCACUCCCCGCACUUUUUUGUAGUGGAAGAUAAUUGGGGGUGCAUGCAGUUAGGAGGAGUAAGGCCAGUUUUAUAUUUUUAAAUAAAAUGUUUUUAGCUGUC